AUGUUUUGUACCAUAGAUUCGUAUGCUACGGAAAUCGUUACACCGGAAGGCUUGUAUUGCCCACGCGUCUUCGAUGGCUUCGCGUGCUGGAACGAAACCAGGGCGGGUACUACUGUACAUCAACCGUGCCCGUCCAUCGUCAUAGGUUUUGACUCAAGGCGGCUGGCACAUAAGAGAUGCACCGAGUAUGGAAGGUGGGAAGUGAACCCGGACACCAAUGAGACCUGGUCUGACUACACCGACUGCGUAGACCUCGAGGACUUAACGUUCCGGAAAAUUGUCAACAAUAUCUAUAUAUAUGGCUACAAAAUCUCUACGGUUGCUGUCACCAUUUCUAUGAUUCUUUUGCAAUACCUAAGGUCCCUGCGAUGUCCCCGGACAUUGAUUCAUAAGCAUUUAUAUGGAUCAUACGUCGUGAAUAACGUGAUUUGGAUAUUAUGGUACAAGUUAGUUAUCGAGAAAGUCGAGGUUGUUCAACAGAAUAACCUUUGGUGCCAACUACUACAUAUAUUGACGAUGUAUGGCAUGGAGGCCAAUUAUAUGUGGAUGUUUGCGGAAGGACUGCAUUUGUUCUUAAUCCUAAAUGUGGUAAGUUACAUUUCAGAUAAUACUAACUUUGAUAUUUUCCUUACACCUUGGUUUUCGAUUUUUAAUAAAAAUUUAUUAAUCAUUUUUAACCACACCAACUAUGCUUUGAGCUUAUGCUGGCUUGAGUAUCAUGACUCGUACUGGUUCAUCACCGUACCUGUGCUUCUUAGUCUUGUAAUCUCUUUCGUUCAAUUAUCGGGAUUACAUGCUGAACCUUUAAGGUUCCUUCAUCCUGUGGAAAGUCCCCGGCGACAGGGCGGAAAGCGUCGUAUUGUGGUGGAUUCAGGCCGGGUUCGGUACCAUAUAGGGAGAGAGAAUAUACGACCACGACCCGUUUGGUUAUCGACCCGUAGCGUUGCUCAGAGCAAAGAUAAUGUUGUCCCGCUCUUCGGUCUGCACUACAUAUUCUAUCCGAUCCGCCCUGCCCCUGGAUCUACGUUAGAAAUAGUGUAUGAGAUAUCUGUGGCACUUUUGACUAGCACUCAGGGUCUGCUUGUUGCUAUCUUAUUUUGCUUCAUGAACAAUGACGUCCAAACGGCUCUUAAGGCUAAACUAGGAAGGAGAAUUGAGCGAGAGGACAACGGAGACAUCCCAAUGGCAGGUAUAACUGUGAGGGACAGCGAGGCGAAUACUCGUGAUAAUUCCGAGUAA